GCAUGUAACCUGUAUUUGCAUAACUCAGCUUUGCACAAUGAUUGUCAUUCUAUAAUGCACUGAUGUUACAGACAGCGAACAAGAACUCGAAGAAAAGCAGGAGUCAUGUCGCAUUCGGAAACCGAAGAUUCCUGCUUCGGAAGUUGAGGCCACAGACAUUGAGAGCGAUAGUGUCAUGUCUCAAAAGGAAAAUUCACGAAAGGCAACCACUUGUGAGGCUGGCAGUCUCGUCUUGGUUAACGUUCAACUUCCAGGAGCACAAGAAAAAAAAGGCUAUGCAGAAGGCUGCAAAGGACAGUGGCUACAAACGUGUCCUGAAGGAGCAAAUCACCAGUGCAAAAAGAAGUCUUGAAGAUGUGCUGGCACCAAAAAAUUUGCCAAUGAAAAAGCGACAAAAACACUCUAAGGAUCCACGAGCUGAUGAGGAAGUGUGCUGGCGCAGCUUGUACGCAGAGACACGCAAGGAAAAUGAGAAGCUUCUUAAUGUUCUACAGUCAUUGCAGCUGUGUGUUGACAAGAAGCUCUCAUCAAUUGAACUCUUACUGCAAAAGUGCAAAGGUCUGCCCCAGACCUGUACAAGCCGGUCACAGCCUAUUGAACUAGAGAUGGCCCAUGGUACCCAACUGUCUUCAAGCCAAGCUUCGAUGGUGCCAUCAUCACCCCAGCAAUCUUUGAGCCAUUUGCUGCCUUCACUAGAAGACAACUGCAGUGCUCCACCAUCGCCCUUGCAGCUUAGGGAUCCUGACGUGCCACAGUCGCGAACACCAGAAGCAGAUGAGCAUGUCCGUGGUCAGGUGAUGUUGCCGCCUCAACUGCCAGAUAACUUGUGCGCCUCUUCGCCGCUGGACGCCUUAAGUGGAGCUGGAGCUCAAGCGGAACCAUUCACAUACUUGAAAAAUGGGAAGUUUCACGUUAACAGGGGCAUUUGCAUUGAGGCUGUCCAAGCACAAAAAGUUCUGCAAAACCACAAGGCAACACUGGUAGCUAAAGACAUGGCACAUGCUCUUUGGGGGCCAAGUAUACUUGCAGAGCGUAGUGUUGGUGGCACCGUGGCGCCGAGAGACAAGAGAAAUCCCAACUGCAGUGCACGUCCAAGGUUGUCUCCUAUUAAAGUCGGUGUCAUCAUAGACACCUUGACCUACUGGGGCAAAGAGAAGAAUGUUGACACAACGGGAGUCAUUAGGAACUUGAACACCAUCCUUUCUGACAAGAUUCAAGACGUAAAAAAGGCACUCAAAAAGAAGGGACAGUCCGGAGAUGUUCAGGAGGACCUGUCUUAAAGGCUUAACUUGUGUAGUUCCACCAGCACUUGAACUGUGAGGCAUCUUAAUGUGAGAACUCUGCGAGGCCAAUGUGUCAUUUUAUUUUGUGUUAUUGUGUCUUGGUGCUGCCAGUGAUGCGCGCAUAGCUCACACACAAAUAUUCGAAAAACUAAGCACUAAUAUCAUAACAUUAAUUUGUUUUGUAAUUUACAGGGUAGCGUGUGAUAAAAAUAUGCAUCUUUCAC